AGCACAAGUCUAAGACAUCAGUCAGGUCACAGUGUGUGCGCCCCAUUCAUCCGGCUGCAGGGUUCUGUCUGCUCUGACUUGGGCCACCUACCUGGGAAAAUGGCACCACUCCUAAUCCUGCUGAUGUUUCUUCUGUCCCCUCACGCUAGGACAGGCUGCUCCCAGGCACCCCAUCUUCCAGCUUUUCUUUCAGAGGAGAUCAUCGGGGGUCAGGAGGCCAAGCCCCACUCCCGUCCCUACAUGGCCUUCAUCCAGUUUUGGGAUGGCAAUCAGCGGAAGAGAUGUGGUGGUGUCUUGGUGCGAAAGACAUUUGUGCUGACAGCUGCUCACUGCAAGGGAAGCUCAAUAAAUGUCACCCUGGGGGCCCACAACAUCCAGGAACAGGAGAAGACACAGCAGGUCAUCCAUGUGAGAAGAUCCAUCCCACACCCAGACUAUAUUCCUCAUAACUUCUCCAAUGACAUCAUGCUGCUGCAGCUGAAGAGAAAGGCCAAGCUGACUAAGGAUGUGCAGCCCCUCAGACUGCAUGAGGACAUGACCCAGGUGAACCCAGGUGACACGUGCCUUGUAGCAGGCUGGGGAAAAAUGGCCCCAUCAGGCCCUUCAGCGACUAAACUGCAGGAGGUGCAGCUGACAGUGCAAGAUGAACAAAAAUGCAAAGCAGCCCUCCAUGUCUAUUCUGAAGUCACUGAGAUUUGUGUGGGAGACCCAAGGAAAAAAAAGACCAGUUUCAAGGGGGACUCUGGGGGUCCCCUCGUGUGUAACAAAAUGAUCCAAGGCAUUUUCUCCUAUGGAAGAAAUAGUGGAAGACCCCCAGUAGUCUUCAUGAAGGUCUCCCACUUCCUGCCCUGGAUAAAGAGCACCAUGGGGCACCUCUAACAGCUGGUGUAAGAUUGGCUUCCUGAUCAUCUUUUCUAAAGCAGAAGAAAGAUUUCCAAGAGCACGGGCCUUAAGAACUGCACAGUGAUAAUAAAUGGAUCUCAAGAGUGAA